UUUCCUGGUGGGUGACUCAUGUUGUAUUAGUGUAAUGCUUGAGUGUCAGCGUUUAAUAGCGUCCAUGGAUACAAGUUGUUUCUAUCCGUAGGAGGCUGGCAUUUUGGUAUAUGUUCAGCACAAAUCGUGGCAUUCGCGCGAUUCUUGCAGACUAGCGAGGAAGUAAACCACUUCCCGUGUGUGAUUUCCUCUAAGUGUGUGUCAAGUAAAGCGUCCUGACUUCGUGAAUCGCUGUAGUGGAAACGAAUGGUGGCUAACAUUGACUGGAUGGAUUAGUCUGGCUUGUCUUUUUGUAAGACCAGCUGCUUGAUAUCAUCUCAGAUAUGGACGUUAUGGACGACAGGAGACAACAAGGGGCAAGACCAGAGGAUGGUGUCCCAGACAUGACUGUCAUCAGUGACAUAGAUGAGAUAGCAAUCAACACCAACCUGAAAGUCAGAUAUCAGAACGACAAGAUAUAUACAUACACAGGUACUGUGCUGGUGGCUGUCAACCCGUACAAGGACAUUGGCAUAUAUGAACCGGAUGUGGUGGAGAGCUACAUUGGAUACAAGCUUGGAGAACUGGAGCCACACAUAUUUGCUGUCACUGAGACAGCAUACCAGGAUAUGUGCCGGUCUGCCCGUAGCCAGUCCUUCAUUAUCAGUGGCGAGAGCGGAGCGGGAAAGACCGAGACGACCAAGUUCAUCCUGCAAUAUCUAUGCUCAGUAACGGGUGUUGUGGCAAGCUGGACAGAGCAGCAGAUUUUAGAGGCAAACACAAUCCUGGAAUCUUUCGGCAAUGCAAAGACGGUGCGCAACGACAACUCGAGUCGCUUUGGCAAGUUCAUGCAGGUCUGCUUCGACUCAAAAUUCCACAUCAGCGGCUGCGUCGUGCAGGACUACCUCCUGGAACAGUCGCGCAUCGCCUUCCAGUGUCCUGACGAGCGAAACUACCAUGUGCUGUACCAGCUCGUCUCCGCAGCCGAAGCCAACCAAGAGUUGGCCGACCAGUUCAUGCUCGGUGCGGCGUCGUCGUACACCUACCUCAGUCAGAGCGGCUGCGCAGAGAUCGCUGGCGUUGACGACGUACGCAGGUUCGACGAGUUGCGACUCGCGAUGAGCGUCGUCAGGAUACCGAACGAGAUGAGCGACGGAAUCUUCGGCGUUCUGUCGGCCAUUUUGUGGCUGGGCAACCUCUGCUUUCAGGAACUAGAGGAUGAUACAGAACGUUGCCGCCUUAGUGAGGAAGCUCUCAAUGUGCUGCAGACGGUUGCCUAUUUGCUAGGCCUAGAGAUGGAGCCACUUGAGCAUCUACUGCUGACCAGGCAGAUCAACGUGCGAGGAAACAUCACAGAUAUUCCGUUGAAGCUGAGUGAGGCGCGUGAGAAUCGGCAUGCGAUGGCAAAGGCAUUAUACUCAAGGACGUUUGCAUGGAUCAUCAACUCCAUUAACACAUGUAUGACUCCCGGCUCCAGCAAAGACUACAUCCUUGGCGUGCUUGACAUCUUUGGCUUCGAAGAUUUUGCCAUGAACAGCUUUGAGCAGCUUUGCAUAAAUUAUGCAAAUGAAAAACUGCAGCAAUACUUCAACUACCAUGUGUUUGCACUGGAACAGGAAACAUAUGCAGCUGAAGAAAUUGAAUUUUCACACAUAAACUUCAUAGACAACACUGCUUGUUUGGAGCUGAUCGAAAAGUCACCAACAUGCAUCCUAAAGAUAUUGGCUGAAGAAUGCCGAUUUCCCAAGGGAACCGAUGAAACGUACAUCAUUAAACAGCACCACGAAUUCAAUUCGCAUGCCAACUAUAUCAAAGGGGAAGACCGACGGAGAUGGGCGGAUGAGUUUGGAGUGAGGCACUAUGCGGGGGAAGUCACCUACAAUGUCAAGGGCUUUUUAGAAAAGAAUAAGGACGUGCAGCAAGCCAGUUUCUUCUACCUCAUGGAAAAAUCGAGCAAUGGGUUUGUCAAGGAGCUGCCAGAUUUUCAGGAUUUGAUGGGGGUGAUGAUGUCACACGUCGGAACGCUGACCAAGCGACAGAGCUCUUUAGCAAGGAGUGCUGCGAAAGGAAAGCCUACAGUGGCUGAUAUGUUCAAACUUCAGCUGAACUCGCUGGUAGAAUCUCUCAAGCAGACAAACCCUUGGUAUGUUCGAUGUGUGAAACCAAAUGAAAAGAAGGUUGGGGACAACUACGACGAUGACUUUGUGUUGCGGCAGUUGCGAUACACAGGCAUGAUGGACAUUGUGCGCAUACGCAAACAGGGCUUUCCCAUACACGUCUCGUACGAUGAGUUCCUUGUGAAGUAUCAUAUGCUUAAUAAGUCGAGCAUAAGUGGCUCGCAAUCACUUGAUGAUCGUGAUGCUGUCACUGCCAUUCUGGAAAAAUUCAACCUCGCAAAAACAGAAUGGCAACUUGGGAAAACGAAGGUGUUUCUGAGGCACCAGGCGAAUGAACCUCUUGAGGAUGCUAGGCAGGACAUGGUACACUUGGCUGCAAUCAGCAUCCAGAAGUUGUGGCAGGGAUUCAAUUGCAGACGAGAUUAUCGCAAGAAGAAGGCAGCAUGUAUCAUGGUUCAGCAGGCCUUCAGAGCCAAGCGACAGAGAAUGACAUUCUUGCGCACUGUUCGAGCUGUUGUCACCAUACAGGUCAGUCCCUUUAAAGCAUGCAGCACACUUCACCAUUUUCGCCUAGGGGACCUAUAUUUAGCCAUGGAAGCAGAGGUUGCAAGUAUGGUUCAGUAUGUUGGCGACAUGAAUAAAAAUGUCCCCUGGGAGAUGUCACCAGUUUUGUCACCAAAGUCCCUAAAACCUUCUGAUUCUAGGCUAGUUCAGGAUCAGUUGUCAGCCAUGGUGCAGGUUACGGAAGAACUAACGAGCAAGUUCACGCAGGAUACGGCAUCUCACGUCACGAGCCUUGACGAAAUGUUCAGGUUCCUGGGAGCUGAGAGUGAUGACACGAUGGAGAUGAGCUAUGCGUCUGCAGAUUCAGGCCUGGUCUCUAUUGAGGAGAUAAACGUUGGGAGCAAGGAGACCGAAGAUACACCUGAAGAUAUCAGUGCCGCCUUUUCCGAGGCCAUGGCUAAAAUCUCGUUUGCGGCGGACUUUCUCACUGAGUUUGCCAUCGAGGAUGAUACAAGCAUCACUGCUGAAGCAGCAAGUGAGAAACCCGAGACACAGAAAGACACUGCAGAUGAGUCGCCCCCUGCCAGGCUGCAUGCAACAAACAGAGAUUCAGCUCUAGGUGGGUCGGUGACAUCGGAGUCUGGCAGCACUGGUCUGUCCCCACCUGAGCAGAAGAGAAAGCAGACAAGAGAAACAAAAGGAAAGGUGGUUCAGCCGACUGCCAGUCUGGAUGAGGUAGAAGCUAUGCUUCAGUUCGCUGCAGGUGGAAUGGAGGGAGAGAUGCAGGUGGCAAAGAAGCCUAAACCCCUUCCUAAACCAAAGAAACCACUGGUUGCUGAAAAGCCAUCUUUACCCAAGAAGACUGUCGUAAUGAAGACACCGUCCUCGGACUCUGGCAAGCCUGUGUCCGUGAGUUCCAUGGAGCCUGAAGUUGAGCAGCAGCCGACAAUGAGACCCAAGCACAAGUUCAUCAGCCGACAGUUAUCGAUGGAGGGCGGGCGUGGGUCUACGAUGUCAAUGAUCGUUAGCCGACCUCUCUCUACCUGUUCCUCACCAGGUGUCAGCCUGACACGUAGCAUGAGUUAUCAGACCCUGUGGAAGAAGACGGCUAGAGAUGCCCAUCGCAAAAACAGGGUCAGCAAGCUUCUGCAGGAAUGGAAGCUCGGGCAAACAGAAGUGGAAUAUUUCAAUAAGAUUAUGGCUACACUUGCAGCUAAGGAGAAGGCAAAAGAGGAUGAGAAGUUCUACAACCUGCUGGAAUUUGCGAACGAGAAUUUUAAUGAGCAUCCAGUGACUGUUGCGCGCAGCGGCCGCAUGUCUCUUAGAAAAGGCUCCAGCAAUGUUGCUCCUAUGUCAAAGUCUGACAUGAUCAUGUACCUCGACCAACCACACAUCAUGACUUCCCACAUCAACUUGUAUGAUCCUGCUGUAGUUAUAAUGGCUAUUACAACAUUCAAGGAAAUCUGGAAGUAUAUGCAUGGAGAGGUGAAGCAAGAUGACAACGCUGUCGUGAGACAUAUCGUGGCACGUUGUAUCGAGAACGAGGCGCUGAGAGAUGAGGUAUAUUGCCAAUUGAUGAGGCAAACUAAUGGAUGCCCAUCGCAGGAUGCACUGCUGCGAGGGUGGGAAAUGAUGACAUUCUGUGCUUCGUGUUUUUCACCAAGCAAGUCUCUCAGUAAAUACCUAAUCUCCUAUCUGAAGAAACAUUGUAACGUUGAAGCUCUCAGCAAGUAUGCGAAGACAAGUCUAAGGCACCUGAGAGUUGCACGCAUCACCCCGAGAAAGAUGCCACCUUCAGACACAGAGAUUAAAGCUCUGCGAGGAUUCGGGCUCAUAGUUUGCCGUUUACGAUUCUUGGACGGCAUGUCGAAGGCAGUGGACAUCCAGUCGUAUGACUGCGCUGAAACUGUGGUGAAAAGUGUGUCAGAAAGGAUCGGUCUGAAGUCUACAGAUGGAUGGGCUCUGUAUGAGUGUGUUGGGCAUCAGGAGAGAUUUAUGAGAAGUCGGGAAUAUAUAUCUGAUAUCAUUGCCAAAUGGGAAAGUGGCCCAAAGAAAGACCAUGGAGAUUUCUUGGUGAAAAAGCGGCUGUUCAAGCUUCCAAAAGAAAUGCCUCAAGACCCGAUAGAGUACAGUCUUCUCUAUGCACAGGCUGUUCACAGUGUGGUCAAGCUGGACGAAUUUGGUGUGAGUGAGGUCACAGCAGUGCAGCUAGCUGGUCUUCACUGUCAGAUACUGCUGGGAGAACCCUAUGACAACAAACUGGACAGGUAUGACGAGAUUGGGCAAUUCCUUCCUGAGAGAAUCACGGCGGGAAAACCGAAACAAGACUGGCGGAGUGUGUUGGCUGAAGCACAUAAGGAAUAUGGGAGUGGUAAGCCGACGCUGGUGGCUAAGGUGUGGUACCUUACCUGUGUGAAGCAAUUCCCUCUGUAUGGAAGCACUUUGUUCCCUGUCACCUACAAGGGCGCGUGGUCCCACAACAGUGACCUCUGCUUGGCCGUGCAUGCAGACGGAGUAAUGUUUGUUGAUCAACGAAGCAAAGAUAUCUGGUACCAGUACCGCUACGAGGAGUUUGAGUCCAUCUCACUCGUUCCGUCUGAGGAUUGCAUCAACUUUGAGCUGAAUGCUGAGGUUGCCGAUGUACAGAAGAGCUUCACGUUCCAGACGCCAGACAAGGAGGAUGUAUCUGCACUGAUCGCCAGCUAUUCCCCUGCACAUGCUAGCUGGCUGAAGACUGGCAGGCACGUGUCACGCAAGCUAGUACGAGGAAAGGAGAGAGAGAGGCUUCAGGAGGAGCUGAUAAAAUGUAGACAAGCACUGGUGGAGAAGGGCCUGCUAAGAAAACCCAAUUAUGAUUCUGGCUCCACCUUCAUGAGCACGCUCAGAAAGUUCAGGAAGGGUGGUGCAAAACUGAAAGACGAAGACGAGGCGAAGAUAUUUAAAGCGUACAACAAAGAAUACUGGUCGUUCAGCAAAGCUCCGAUCACCCACUCUUUGAGUGUCAUGAAUGAAGAGGCAGUAGCUUCUAAGCUCUUCUCUUCGAUACUGAUGUUCUCUGGUCUACAAAAAUCUGGUGGACUUGGCUCGGUGUCUGACACCUUCGACCUAAUCCAGAAUGUCAUGAGAGAAUGUCUGGCCAGUGUUGACCUUCGCAAUGAACUCUUCAUGCAGCUCAUCAAGCAGACAACUGAUCAUCCAGAACCGAACAGCAAGGUAAAUGUCACACACUGGCAGCUGCUGGCUGUUGCCUGCAGCGUCAUGGCGCCCCCAGACAAGCUGAUACUCAGCUACCUACAGUCCCACCUAAAGAAGUGUGCAGCUGACCAUGCAUCAGAGGAGGGCCAGCAUGCGUAUUUCUGUCAAAAGUGUCUGGCAAAGAGCAUUGACCUGAAGAGGAAAUGGCCGCCAUCUACUCGUGAAAUUGCUGCCUUAUUGGAAAGAGUAAAAUGACAGCUGUUGUACACUUUUCCAACGGGUUGAGCAGGACUAUAGAAUUAGAUUCAGCCAUAGACUUUGGAGAGGUGACAGAAUCAGUCAAGAGCAAAA